AUGGCCACAAGAAAGGUGCUCAUGGUAUUGUUCGAUGGCUUCAACACCAUGGAUAUGAAUGGUCCCUACGAGAUCUUCCGCAUGUCGGGUAAUCGAGAUGUAUUUACUGUUACCGUUGCUGCAGAGACGGAGAUUACUACCUCGUUUGAGGGCGUUCACAUCAAGCGCGACGUGGCAUUGAGCCAAACUCUAAUUCAGUCACUUUGCGACGUCGAUAUUUUGGUCGUUCCAGGAGGCCCAACAGAACUAGUCGAAAGACAAGCCAGCAAUGCAGGUGGCUUCAUGAAGCUAAUCGCUACAUUUAAUGAACUUCCACCUCGAGCCGGUAGACUACCCAGGAUCCUACUAUCUAUUUGUACCGGCGCUAUCUUCUUAGGUCGCAUGGGUAUCUUCUUAGGCCGACAGUGCACCACUCAUUGGGGCGCUUACAAGAACUUGGAGAAGACGAAUAUGAACGCGGCCAUGGGGCAUGGAGUUGCAGGAGAGGUCAUACCAGCGCGAUACGUUGACUCAGGACUCAAUGAGUACGGCACGAGAAUCAUUAGUAGUGGGGGCGUGAGCUGUGGAAUGGACGCCAGUCUAUACGUUGUCAAACUUCAUGGUGGAGAAGGCAUGGCAUGUGCGACUGCAGAAAAGUUAGACUAUAAGUGGCGCGAGAGUGAGGGGAUUGUGGUGGCUCCAUAA